GAAAUUAUUCUAAAAAUGAAUUUAUUAUAAAUUUAAUAAUUAAAUCAUAUAAACAAGAAUGGCACAUAUACUCAGUGGAAGAUUCGGACAUUCUUUCAGUACAUAUUCAAAAAAACCAUUGAAAUAUGGAACUGCGGUUGCACUCAAGUUUAACUAUAGAACAAUUUCUAGUCUAUGGCUAGGUCGUUCUUUGGAACGAUCGCGUAUUUUAUUAGUUCGUAAUCAAGUUAUAGUUUCAUCACCUAGAGGAUAUGUUAUGUUUGUAGGAAGAAUACUUCGUGGUGCUUUAAAACUUCGAUAUUUAUUACUAGGGGGGGCUGUUGGCGGAGGAGUUACACUUCAGAAGAAAUAUGAAGAGUGGAAAGAUGGUUUGCCAGAUUUUUCAUGGUUGGACGAAGUUAUACCUGAUACUGAAAGUUUUCAGACUUGGCGAACAAAUUUAAUUAAUUUAAAGCAGAAUGUAACUGACAAUGUUGAAAUAGAUCCUAGAUUAAAAGCUCUCACAGAGGCGAAAUACAAACAAUUCAAAAAUUGGUUUGAUCAACGGUUAGAUAAUGCAAUUGCAGCAGCUGAAGAUCCAAACAAUCAACUGCCAGAAGCUGCCAAUAGUAUAUUCGAGAAUGUUUCGGCUUUGUUAAAUAGACUGUACUCAGAAACUCAACAAGAACUAUCGAAAAAUGUGGUUGUGCACACUCGACCAGCUGCCAAGGAGGAUGAGAAUAAUAAUCGUCGAGAAACUAAUCAACAAAGAAUAGAAAGAUUGCAAGAUGAAAUUAUCCAAAUACAAAUCAAAUAUCAAAAAGAAUUAGAAAAAUUAGAACGGGAUAAUAAAGAAUUGCGUAAACAAAAUUUACUUAUGAAAGGUGGUCGGAAACAACCUUUAAAAAAAAUAAAGAAAUCCUUAAUUGAUAUGUAUUCAGAAGUACUAGAUGAACUUGCGGAAUACGAUCAUGGAUAUAGUACAGCUGAUCACCUACCUCGUGUGGUUGUUGUCGGCGAUCAGAGUGCAGGUAAAACAUCCGUUCUCGAAAUGAUUGCACAAGCUCGCAUUUUCCCCAGAGGUGGGGGCGAAAUGAUGACCAGAGCUCCUGUUAAAGUAACACUCUCAGAAGGACCAUAUCACGUGGCACAAUUUCGUGAUUCGACUAGAGAAUUUGAUUUGAGUAAAGAAUCGGAGUUAGCUGAAUUACGUCGUGAAGUUGAAGUAAGAAUGCGAAAUUCAGUUCGUGGUGGAAAAACCGUUUCAAAUGAAGUAAUUUCAAUGACUGUAAAAGGACCAGGUUUACAACGUAUGGUUCUUGUUGAUUUGCCUGGAAUAAUUUCUACUGUAACUGUGGAUAUGGCAACUGACACACGAGAAAGCAUCAAACAAAUGACCCAAGCGUAUAUGAACAAUCCAAAUGCUAUCAUUCUUUGUAUCCAGGAUGGAGCAGUUGAUGCUGAACGAAGUAAUGUUACAGAUCUAGUGUCACAAUGCGAUCCAUCUGGCAAAAGAACCAUUUUUGUUUUGACCAAAGUUGAUUUAGCUGAAGAAAAUUUAACAGAUCCUAAUAGGAUUCGGAAAAUUUUGUCCGGAAAAUUGUUUCCUAUGAAAGCGUUAGGAUACUUUGCUGUGGUUACAGGUCGUGGUAAAAAGGAUGAUACAAUUCAAACAAUUAAAGAUUACGAGGAACAAUUUUUCCGAAAAUCUAAAUUAUUUAAGGAUGGUCUUGUAACAUCAGCUCAAGUGACCACACGAAAUUUAAGUUUAGCUGUAUCUGAAUGCUUUUGGAAAAUGGUACGUGAAACUGUUGAACAACAAGCAGAUGCAUUUAAAGCAACACGUUUUAAUUUAGAAACAGAAUGGAAAAAUAAUUUCCCACGGCUAAGAGAAUUAGAUCGUGAUGAAUUAUUUGAACGAGCACGUGGUGAAAUUUUAGAUGAAAUUGUCAAUUUAUCACAAGUAUCUCCAAAACAAUGGGAGGAAUUACUGUUAGAUAAAAUAUGGGAGAAAGUUUCAAUGCAUGUGUUUGAAAAUAUUUAUUUACCAGCUGCACAAACUGGAAAUUCGGGAACAUUUAAUACAACCGUUGAUAUAAAAUUACGGCAAUGGGCUGAACAAGCGUUACCAGCAAAAUCUGUUGAAGCUGGAUGGGAAGCUUUACAACAUGAGUUCCAAGCAUUUAUGCAACGUGCUAAACAAUCAGCUGACCACGAUGAUAUAUUUGACAAUUUAAAAGAGGCGGUUGUUGAUGAAGCUAUUCGACGUCAUACUUGGGAAGAUAAAGCAUCAGAAAUGUUACGUGUCAUUCAAUUAAAUACACUAGAAGAUCGUAGUGUUAAUGAUAAACGUGACUGGGAUAUGGCUGUGAAAUUUUUAGAAAGUUCUGUUAAAGACAAACUGCAGCAAACAGAACAAACACUAUUAGAAAUGUUAGGUCCAAGUGCUACAGCUCGAUGGUUGCAUUGGCAAUAUCAAACUAGGGAUCAAAUCAAGCGAAAUGCUGUUAAAGCUGAACUAGAUAAAAUUUUAUAUAGUGAUUAUAAACAUCCUCCGACAUUAAGUUAUGAUGAAUUAACCACAGUUCGAAAAAAUUUACAACGAUCUAAUGUCGAUAUUGAUGCUGAAUAUAUUCGAGAUACUUGGCAUCCAAUUUACCGACGCCAUUUCCUUCAACAAGCUUUAACACGAGCUUACGAUUGUCGAAAAGGAUAUUAUAUGUAUCAUCAAGGGGUUGAUAAUGAAGUUGACUGUUGUGAUGUUGUUUUAUUCUGGCGGAUACAACAAAUGUUAAAAGUGACCGCAAAUGCUUUAAGGCAACAAAUUAUGAAUCGAGAAGCAAGGAGAUUGGACAAAGAAAUAAAAGAAGUUCUAGAAGAUUACAGCCAAGAUAAUGAUAAAAAAAUAAAAUUAUUAACUGGUCGGCGUGUUAUUUUAGCUGAAGAAUUAAAACGUGUGAGGCAAAUACAAGAAAAGUUAGAAGAAUUUAUUCAAGCACUUAAUAAAGAAAAGUAAACAUAAGUUCAUUUCAUUCAUUUUCAUCAAUUAAACAAUUUUUGUUGAACACAAAGCUAAUUUGUACACAAUAGUUCAUGAAAUUCAACCGAAAACGAAAAUAAUAACGUUUAAAAAUAAUUUAUUUAUUUAAUGAUUGUUACACUCUACGUACGACGCAAAUUGUUGUGUUAUUAAAAAUUGUAUCUUUAC